GAUGAGGAGGGAGCUCACAUCUCCUCUGCGCUUCUGUUACCGAUUUAGAUCAGAUUCAGAUAGAAAUCCAGGACUAGCUUACCGGGAAUGAGAAAAUGGAGAACCUUAAUUAGUUUAGAAGCUUGCUUUGUAGAGAAAAAGUAUUUUUGUUGCAUAUUUUUUUCCGUAGCUCACCAGACGAUUGCUGAUGUAUUUCUAACGCGGUUGCAGUUACGAUUUUGUUUCAAAAUGGAAUUUGAGUGUGCAAACACAGCUUUAUUAUCGGAAUAUGGAGCGGUAUGAUACGGAAUUGAUACUGUAUUUUACGCUUUUUGCUGUUGUCCAAUUAAAUAGAUAUCGAUAGCUCUGGAUUUUUUUUUUAAUACCUCGUUUUACUUCUGUCAUUGCUGUCGUCAGUUAAAUCAUUUUCCCCACACAUGCAUUUUUGGUAAAAUAGCGGUCGCUGGUCUGUGAGAGCAAACGCGGGUUUCAUGCGAGAUCGUUUUAGCGCGAACGGUCAGUCGGUGUGAAACUGAUCAACUUCGGCUGGUCUUUAGAAUGUCUCGCCGCAAGCAAGCGAAACCAAGAUCGCUGAAAGACCCAGAGUGCGCGCUAAGUCCGACGGAGGAUGAACCGGAGGCGGAGCUGAGGAGGGGGCCUCUCGCAUCGGAGGAGCCCGAGGACGGCGGCGAGGAAGAGGAGGAGGAGGACGCGACGCUGCUAAGCUGCCCAGUUUGCCGGCAGGUGUUGGAGACGCCAGGCGACCUCGCCGAGCACAAGAUUAAUCAGUGCCACCUGACAGAUGGGGCCGAUGUAGAUGAUGACCCAUCCUGCUCUUGGCCUGGCUCUUCACCUUCCAGCAAAGACCAGGCAUCCCCGGAGCACGGGGACGAGGCCGAUUUCGGAGAAGAGGAGGGCCGCGGCGGGCUGCCCUACCCCUGCCAGUUCUGUGACAAGUCGUUCAGUCGCCUCAGCUUCCUGAAGCGCCACGAACAGAGUCACGGCGACCGCCUGCCCUUCAAGUGCACCUUCUGCAGCCGCCUAUUCAAGCACAAGCGCAGCCGUGACCGGCACGUCAAGCUGCACACGGGUGACAGGAAGUACCACUGCCGCGAGUGCGGCUCUGCUUUCUCCCGCAGCGACCACCUCAAGAUCCACAUGAAGACGCACGCUGUAGGCAAGCCGCACAAGUGCACCGUGUGCCGCCGCGCCUUCCAGUCCUCCAGCUCCCUGCACAGCCACAUGCAGGUCCACGAGCGGGCCAAGGACAGCGGCCAGGGCCUGUCCGCCGAGGACGACUGGAAAGUGAGGGAGACCCAGAAGUGCAGCCAGUGCGAGGAGGGCUUCAAUGCCCCUGAGGACCUGCAGAAGCACAUUUCAGAGUGCCACCCGGAGUGCUCGCCAAGUCAAGACAGCAGCGCCCUGCCUUGCAUCUACUGCAAGGAGCUUUUCGCCGAUGAGGGUGCCCUCCUGGGCCACAUCGAGCAGGCCCACACACGUGACAAGAAGAGCCAUGCGUGUGCUGUCUGCUCCGAGCGCUUCCGCACGGUCGAGGACCUCUACAGCCACAUGGACGUCCACCAGCAGCCCGAGUCAAGUAACCACAGCAACAGCCCCUCGCUGCUCACGGCGGGCUACACCUCCGUGUCCAGCACCACUCCGGACUCCAACCUCUCGGUCGACAGCUCCACCGUGGUGGAUGCCGCACCGCCCUUGCCCAAAACCCGGCGGCGGAAACGAGCCGCCCAGCAUGCGGCCGGAAUGGCCAGGCUGUCCUCCAAGCAAUCCAAGGUCACAUACAGCUGCGUCCACUGCAACAAGCAGUCGUUUUCCAGCCUGGCCGUGCUGCAAAUUCACCUGAAGACUAUGCACAUGGACAAACCCGAGCAAGCGCACACCUGUCAGUAUUGCCUCGAGGUGCUGCCCUCACUCUACAACCUCAAUGAGCAUCUCAAGCAGGCUCAUGGCACCCACGACCCCAACGCUCUGCUCUCUCCUGCCACGCUCCAGUGCAACUUCUGUCCCGAGGUGCUCGUCGACCUCAACGGUCUGCAAGAACACAUCCGGUGCCUGCAUGGUUUCCCCAGCCCAGUGGCGAAAGAGAGCAAUGCCUUCUUCUGUCCUCAGUGCUUCAUGGGCUUCCUCACAGAGGCCAGUCUGGAGGAGCACAUCCGUCAAACGCACUGCGACGGGGGAAGCCUGCGUUUUGACUCCCCCUUAGCUGGGACCCCUAAGGAUCCCAUUGUUGAGGUCUACUCAUGUUCCUAUUGCACCAACUCACCCAUAUUCAACACCGUCCUGAAGCUGAACAAGCAUGUCAAAGAGAACCACAAGAACAUCCCCCUAGCACUUAACUAUAUUAAUAAUGGCAGGAAGUCCCACUUGACUCUCAGUCCACUGUCCCCCAUGUCUGUGGACCAGUCCUCCUUGAAACAAAGUGGGUCCUCAUCCCGCUUGAGCAGUGAAUUUAUCUGCAAUCAGUGUGGGGCGAAAUACUCUAGUUUGGAUUUGUUUCAGACUCACCUGAAGAUGCACAUGGACACUAGUCUCCCAGAGCUGACUUGUCCACAGUGCAACAAAGAGUUCCCGAAUCAGGAGUCCCUGCUGAAACAUGUGACCACCCAUUUCAUGAUCACCUCCACUUACUACAUCUGUGAAAGCUGUGACAAGCAGUUCACCACGGUGGAUGACCUGCAGAAGCACCUGCUCGAGAUGCACACUUUUGUGUUCUUCCGCUGCACGCUCUGCCAGGAGGUUUUUGACUCCAAGGUCUCCGUCCAGCUUCAUCUGGCUGUCAAGCACAGCAAUGAGAAGAAGGUAUACCGCUGCACCUCCUGCAGCUGGGACUUCCGACACGAGUCAGAUCUGCAGCAGCACGUCAAGCACAACCACCUGGAGAGCCAGGGCAAAGUACACAAGUGCAUCUUCUGUCGAGAGGCUUUCGGCACUGAGGUGGAACUGCAGUGCCACAUCACCACCCACAGCAAGAAGUACAAUUGCAUGUUCUGCAGCAAGGCUUUUCACUCCAUCGGCCCUCUGGAGAAGCACCUCCGAGAGAAGCACUGCAUCUUUGACUCGAAGCCACAGAACUGCGGGGCCAAUGGUGCCUCUGUGGGACCCGAGCCCACCCCCAAGGAUGAUGCAGAACUGCAGGGCAUUGUGGCCAACAGCCAUGAAUCCCACAACAGCCACAACGGCAGUGAGGAGGAUAUAGACACCUCUGAGCCCAUGCAUAGCUGUGACAUCUGUGGCGCUGCUUACACCAUGGACACCCUGCUGGCCAACCACCAGCUGCGCGACCACAAUAUUCGCCCAGGUGAGAGCGCCAUGGUCAAGAGGAAGGCCGAGAUGAUCAAGGGCAACCACAAGUGCACGGUCUGCUCUAAGACUUUCUUUUCUGAGGGGGGGCUCCGGGAACAUACGCAGACCCACCUCGGCCCUGUCAAGCACUACAUGUGUCCCAUCUGCGGCGAGCGCUUCCCAUCCCUCCUCACCCUCACCGAGCACAAGGUCACCCACAGCAAGAGCCUGGACACGGGAAGCUGCCGGAUAUGCAAGAUGCCCCUGCAGAGCGAGGAGGACUUCCUGGAGCACUGCCAGAUGCACCCGGACCUGAGGAACUCCCUGACGGGCUUCCGUUGUGUGGUCUGCAUGCAGACGGUGACGUCCACCCUGGAGCUCAAGAUCCACGGUACCUUCCACAUGCAGAAGACUGGCACCGCCAUGACUGUACAGCCGGCCGGACGUGCCCUCCAGCUCUCGCAGAAGAUCUACAAGUGCGCCUCGUGUCUCAAGGAGUUCCGCUCCAAGCAGGAUCUGGUGAAGCUGGACACCAGUGGCCUCCCUUACGGGUUGUGCUCCGCCUGCACAGGGGUGGGGAGUCAAAGCUCCAGCCCGGCUGUGAAUGGCAGGAAGCAGCAGCAGCACGAAGCCACCGCCCUGGCUUAUGCAGAGAGGCUCAGCCCUGGUGAGGCUAGGGCUAAGACCACCCCUGUCAAGACAAGGUGCUCAAGCUGCAACGUCAAGUUCGAGUCGGAGACGGAGCUUCAGGGCCACAUGCUGUCUGUCCACAGGGACGUGGGGGGCGACAACCACGGCGGCCCAACUCGAACACCCCAGGUUUCCCCCAUGCCCAGGGCCAGCCCCUCCCAAGUCGAAGAGAAGAAGACUUACCAGUGCAUAAAAUGUCAGAUGGUCUUCUACAGCGAAUGGGACAUCCAGGUCCACGUCGCGAACCACAUGCUCGGCUGGAGCGCUCCUGAAAUGAACCCAGAGAGCCGUGUGACACGUCGGGGGGGCAGGGGCUUAGAGGAAGGACUGAACCACGAGUGCAAGCUGUGCAGCCAGUCGUUCGACUCACCCGCCAAACUGCAGUGUCACCUGAUCGAGCACAGCUUUGAGGGCAUGGGUGGCACUUUCAAGUGUCCCGUCUGCUUCACAGUCUUUGUCCAGGCCAGCAAGCUGCAGCAGCACAUCUUCUCGGCCCAUGGGCAGGAGGACAAGAUCUACGACUGCUCCCAUUGCCCCCAGAAGUUCUUCUUCCAGACAGAGCUACAGAACCACACAUCGAGUCAGCAUAGCAGCUGACAGGACGAAUGGGCUGGCAGACGGAGUGCGGAAAAGCCAGGGGUGGGUUUACCCCUCAGAGAGAUGGAGGAGAUCUCCUGGCUUUGCUGUUUCUUCGUCAGCGCUUGCCGGAAGAUUGUAGGAUCAUCAGUGACCCGUCUCUCCCCCCCCAAUCCACCCACCACCUGUAUUGCCCUCCAUGCAUCAGUCCCAUCAUUGCCGAUACAGGCCACCGGAUCCGAAAAGCCAAUGGUUUCGCCUGGUCUGUCCCUGUUCACCAUGCAGAUAGACUGCUGGUCUUACGCCGCCGUUAUGGUCAGAUCUCCUCACUGGAGAGUGAGUCUCCUUUGAUAAGUCCUGUAUGUGCAAAUCUCCACUCGGUCCAGCCAACCUGUAUGCUACUAUUAUCGAUGUUUGUUAUCUAACCAUGGUCUGGAGAUAAUGGAAUUGUUUUUUGCAAUGGGAAAUAAAUCCAGUUUAACUUCAGCA